CGAGCUAGGCUCUUGGGAUGCAGCCGGGGUGUUAAUGUAUAUGCACUCAUGUAGCAUGAUCAAACACUGACCACAAACUCAGUCGCCCACUGAUAUCCUCAGGUCCUUUGAGGGUAAAGUCAAAUUAUUAUGGCUGCUACCUCCCAGGUUUUCAGGGUCAUUCAUGGCAGGAGAUUUGGUCAGAUGUUUGCGCCAGCCAUAACAUGCCAAAUCUGCAUUCAGCCUCCUCAUCCCUGUUCCAGUGCAGCUCAGACACGCAUCUCGGAUCAAAGAUGGCGGUUCCAGUCACGGGGAUACAGGACCUCACCAGCAUGGUACACCUACUACCUGACUCCACCUCAGGUUAACAGCAUCCUAAAGGCUAAUGAGUACAGCUUCAAAGUUCCUGAGUUUGAUGGCAAGAACCUCAGCUCAGUCAUGGGUUUUGACAGUAAUCAGCUGCCAGCAAAUGCACCCAUUGAGGAUCGGCGAAGUGCAGCAACGUGCCUCCAAACACGUGGCAUGCUUUAUGGUGUAUUUGAUGGCCACGCCGGCUGUGCUUGUGCUCAGGCACUCAGCGAGCGGCUCUUCUAUUAUAUCGCAGUUUCAUUGCUCCCACAUGAGACAUUGAUUGAGCUGGAGAAUGCAAUGGAGAACGGAAGACCUCUUCACCCCAUUCUACAGUGGCAUAAGCAUCCCAAUGACUACUUCAGCAAAGAAGCCUCACGCCUUUACUUCUCCAGCCUGCGCACUUACUGGCAGGAGCUCCUGGAUCUGAGCGUUCCUGGGGAGCAACCUGAGGUUGCGGAAGCUCUUGUGACUGCCUUUAAAAGAUUGGACAAUGACAUCUCCCUAGAAGCGCAAGUUGGCGACCCAAAUGCAUUCUUGCACUACUGGGUGCUUCGUGUGGCAUUCUCAGGCGCUACGGCGUGUGUUGCGCACAUUGAUGGUAAUGAGCUCCAUGUUGCCAACACUGGAGAUGGACGUGCAGUCCUGGGUGUUCAAGAACCCGAUGGCUCUUUUUCUGCACUCACGCUCACCAAUGACCACAAUGCGCAGAAUGAAUCUGAGGUUCAGCGUGUACGGUCCGAGCACCCACACUCUGAGGCCAAAACGGUUGUGAAGCAGGAUCGCCUGUUAGGGUUACUCAUGCCAUUUCGUGCCUUUGGAGAUGUUAAAUUCAAGUGGAGCAUCGAGCUGCAGCGCCGUGUUCUUGAGUCGGGACCAGAUCAGCUUCAUGAGAAUGAGCACGCCAAGUUUAUCCCACCGAACUACCACACGCCACCCUACCUUACGGCAGAGCCAGAGGUGACUCGACACCGCCUUCGUCCUCAGGACCGCUUUCUGGUGCUGGGCUCGGACGGGCUGUGGGAAACACUGCACAGGCAGGAGGUGGUAAGGAUUGUGGGGGAGCAUCUCACCGGGGUGCACCAGCAGCUGCCGGUCAGUGUUGGCGGCUUUAAGGUGACCCUGGGUCAGAUGCAGGGAUUGUUGCAGGAAAGGAAGGCUCGCAUCUCCUCCACCUUUGAGGACCAAAAUGCGGCUACGCAUUUGAUUAGGCAUGCGGUGGGGAGUAAUGAGUUUGGAAUGGUGGACCAUGAGAGGCUGUCAAAGAUGUUAAGUUUGCCAGAGGAAUUAGCUCGCAUGUAUAGGGACGAUAUCACAAUUAUUAUAGUACAGUUUAAUCCGCACGUCAUUGGGGGACAGUAGAACAGGACAGAUUGUUCCUCCCACACGAUCUCUGUUACAUAUUUCAUCAUUUUUAAUCUAACGCACAAUCUCAACGCUGCAUUAUCCGUAAUAUCAGCACAGCAAAAUGUUACCUUUUACCAGUGGAAUGUAUUACUCUUUUAUGCUCACUUUUAUAUUCAUGGCAGCUGCCUCAAAGGGGAAUCAUAGCUCAGCUGUGAGCUGUGUUGGAUCCUAACGUUAUAUGUGGAAAGAAGCUAAACAGAAAAGGUCAAGCUGAGCCCACUUCAGAACCGCUUUCACAAUUGGUCAAAUUGCACUACUUAACCAUAAAUCAAGACUGGAACUGGAACUCCUGAUGAAAUUGACUAAUGUAUGUUCAGCGGAUUUUGCACUGAGGAGAGAUUUGUAUAGUUAGGAUGAUACUGUGCCAAAAUUUGCUUUUAUGUUGUAUGCUUUUAAUUCUUUAGGAAUAAAAACGGCAAAUGAAACAAAAAUCAUUUAAAAAACGGUGAGUGAGAAUAGCUAGUAAAAUGUAUCCAUUUAAGUACUUUUAAAUUCCUUUGUAAGGUGUGUUGUAUAAUGAAUGCGAGGUUGGCUUCAGGGGACAGUUUACAAAAAAAUGUGAUUCCAUCAUUUAUUCACCUUCAUAUUAGUCCAAACCUAAAUACUUUUUAUGCGCUUAAAAACAAGAUGUCCCAGUGGCAAAGUUAGUUGUGCUCAGUGUUGUUUUGGACCCCAUUUGACCAUAUACAGUCAAGCCUGAAAUUAUUCAUACCUCUGGGUAAUUCUGACUUGAAGCUUUUGUUCAAAUGUAAAUAAAGGCUGAGAAAUAUCAUACAUCAUAGGUCUCAAACUCCAUUCCCGGAAGGCCGCAGCUCUGCACAGUUUUGCUCCAACUCUAAUCAAACACAGAUGCAACUAACUAGUCAGGGUGUAUAAGACUACUAGACACUUAAGCAGGUUUGAGUUGGAGCUGGUUGAAGCCAAACUAUGCAGAGCUGUGGCUAACCAGGAAUUCCGUUUGAGACCAUUGUCGUACAUUGUCUUAUUGUCUUUUGGGAGAAGCCUGUGUCAUUUCUAGUCAAUGCUAGUGGAAUAAAAGUAACUUUAAGUUGGGACAUGAAUAGUUUCAGGCUUGCGAGUGCAUUUUUGUGCAGAUGUAAACUGAAUGAAAUUUACACCGGUUUUGGAGUAACUUGAUGGUAAUGAUGAGAGAAUUUCAUUUUUUUAGAUGGUUUAAGUUCUAAUGUAACACAAUAGUUGCUGUUGCCAUCACUUAGCCUGAAAGUGUUGGUUACAAUGUCAUAAAAGCAGCGGUAAUUCUUUCUCUUUCUUAGAACUUUUAGUUUCUUUCAGAAUGUUGCAUCUUAGUUCCAUCUGCAUUCUACAUUUGACUCAUAAGUUCUUUUUUAUAUGCAACAUGCCUUCAGUAGAUAGUUUUUCAUGAGUUCAAAGUUCAUCAAAACAUGGUUUGCUCAACCAAAUUAUCUUCUCAUUACUCUACAAAUCCAGAUAAAGAAGCUUUUUUUACGUGGGCAAUUGAUGGAUUGCACUGUAAAGGUAGAAGUUCUGUAUUGUUCAUUAGUUCUCAUUUAACAUGCAGUGUAACUGGAGACUUUACAGCUAAUAGCAUGCAUUUAAUGCUGUUGGCCUUUGCUGAAAUUCCUGUUUGGCUUCCUAGAGCUGCGCUGAAUUUCUCUGAAAGGUAUUUAAAGAACCAGGUUAAUGACACAACAAACCAGAGUGCUUAUUUUUCUUUUAAGACAAGUAAAUACACCUAUGUGCUUACACUACAAAAUAUGAACUAGAUGGUUUUGGUUUUUGAUUUGAGUUUCCAAAGUAUUUUAGCAGGUUUUUUUUCUCAGAUGUUACAACAUUUGUCAAGUGAUUGCUGACCACAGAGUAAAGAUUAGAAAGUUUUUUGCCCCAAGGUUUAUUGAACAAGGUUAAAACCAUAACUCUGUACGUUCCUGCCUGUUUUCAGAAUGUUCUCAGCUCUUGCACAAGGACACACAGCCGCAUGAAAUGUUUCAGAUGAUAGUCAAUCAGCAAACAGUGUUAUAAAACUAAAACUGUACUAAAGGUAUAGGUUUGCUGAAGUGUAAAUAUAGCGACUCGUGCAUGUUGGAAAAGCAGUUGCUUAAUACUUGAAGUAAAUGUAUAUUCUGCAGUUCAUCAAGCUUGAAAUGUUCAGUAUAUUUAAUUCUGUGCAGCAUGUCAUGAGUGUUAUAUAGAAAAAUAUAUAGUAUCAUGUGCUGGUGCAUGGGCAUCACUUACUCUUGCUUUUUGUAUUUAAAAAUGUUUUAAUAAAAAUCUUAUAACCAAAUAAA